CCUAAUCACCCACUUGAGAUCGAUAGUGUGUUCAUUCAACUCUAAAUGACAAUCCCAGUCGCAGUCGAAGACUCCAUCUCUCUCCAGGAUGAACAUCUCGAAGAACUACAAUUUUCCACUGAAGAAUUCACAGAAGAAGACGUCCUGCCUUUUUUACUUCAAGCUCAAGACAUCAUUUCAAAGUUAGAGUCUAGGGUAGUAGAGCUAGAAACUGACCUUUCAACUAUACACCGUAAAUAUGAAUACGACCGUAAUGAUUGGCUAGUUGGUCUGUCACAAAAAGACCAAUAUAUUCACCACCUAUCAAGCAAACUCCAAAAGCUAGAAUUCAAUACCAAGGAAGCAAUAGUCAACCUGUCUGACAUGGUUGACGAAGACAAGCUAUUACCUAACCUUGACCACGAACAGAUGAACGCAACCAUCGUCCUGUGUCUCAACUACCUCCGCCAGACUCAGCAGGGCAUCACUCCGACUGUUGAUGCCGUGUUUGACACCGAGGACCUUGAAGAGGGCGAACUUGAACGACGACAGGCAGCCACGAGUGAGUGGCAGCAGAACAAAGAUCUUGAUAACUGGAAGAUGCCCCUUAAGCCUGUCAAUCUUAUGGAUGGUCUCGAAGCCUCAUCACACAACAGUAUCGAUGGCUCGGAGCUUACCGGCCCCACCGAUCUUGACUCCUUCCAUCCUACCAUUUCCGACACAACCUCUGCCUCCUCUUUACCUGAAGAUGACAUCCCCCCCUCCUUGUUAUUCCAACACCACCCCACCCUCCCAUCUAUAGACCACACAUUCUGUCUCAACUGCAAACAACUCCUCACUCAACUCGACCAGCAAAUUGAACAGAAAGCAUACCUCAAACGAGACCUCGGCUCGCUCGCUUCCGCCCUCACCGAGGAAGAACAACUACGCUCCGACAUUGAACAAACAAAACAAGCACUCGAAGAAGAUGUCCAGGAGAUCGCUACUGCACUUUUCGACAACCUCAACCGAAUUUUGAUGGAUGAGGUCAUGAAUAGAGAUGGCCUCGUCCGGAUCAAUAGAGAACUUAAUGGUCUUUUGUUACCCACUCUCCAAGCAUGGGAUUCGAGAGAAACUCAGCUCAAGGAGAUCAAGGAACUUCUUGUCGACCUUGAUUCAGUUGUUCACCAGAGUGCCAACACUACCAGCAGUCUGACCGCAAGUGCAGACCGCUUCCAGUCUCUAGACCCUGAUGUUCCCCGCAGUGGCCAUCGUCGUCAACCCUCAUCCUUGAGAUUCUCAACAAAUGGACCCCCUAACCUUGAAGAUGCAAUUCAUGGUAUCUCCAACAAGACAAUUCGUAUCGAUGGUCUGAUCUUCGAUGAGUUCCAGCUUCAUCUCAAGGCACUCUCUGCCACAACCCACCCCACCAUACCCUUGACUGCGUACAUGAAGCGAGUGAUGGCUGAAGACAUUGAUCCCUGUCUCUUCCAGAAUGCAGCUUCUGCCUGGUGGAAGUCACCCUGGUUCAGACGCAAGCUGAUUGAUGCAAUCACCCGCAACAAGUGUGAAAUCCAAAGCUUCCUUCCGAACCAGUCAACCUUCUCCUCAUCCUCUACUUCGUCCUCUACUUCCCCAGCUGCUAGCCACAUCAGCAAUUCUUCAACCCCUACAACCACAACAGCCGUGUUAAUGCCACCUAAAACAAAAUGUGCAUGCUGUGGUGUGCUGCGAGUGUGCGAAUUCCGUAUGCGUCUCCAACCAACCACUACGAGUCUGCUGGCUCAGAAACAGCCGCCAUGGUUGCCUAUUGAUCGCUUCUGCCGUGACCGAUUGGUGGCUGUUUGCGACUUUUAUAGUUUUAUGUCUUAUCUGCGCCAGGCACUGAUGCAGCACUCAGCCACUCUGAGCAUGUUUAAGCAGUCGCUCCACUUCCGUCGUCGGAUGGCUGUAGCCAAGAUUGGCAGCAUUGGUCUGUUUGACGAGACAAAUAUUACAGCCGCCAAACGUCGGUCUACCAAACGAGAGAGCAUCGUUCUCGAUCAUUCUGGUAGUGGUAGUGAUACUGCAAGUGUUGUCAGUAUGAGUGACAUACAAGGACUUGACGGCGCAGGACAGAUUGUUAUCGUCCAUUAAAAAGAGACAAAACAAAAACCACACGGAAAAAAAAAUCAACAAAAAAAUGAAACCCAAAUCACAUACACACACACACACACACACACACGCACGCACGCAGACUCUUUAUUAUCCCUAUAUACACGCACAAACACACACAAACACACACAAACAUCUAUAUCUUUAUGAGAGCUUAAUCAACCUUUUAUUUUAUCUUCUUCUUCUUCUUCUUUUUAUUAUUAUUAUCUUAUCUUAUUUAUACCCUUACAUAGUCUCUCUUCCCCCCAUCUCAUUAUCUGAUUAUCUUGUCGCCAAUAAAGCGCAUUAAACAUUCGAUACUUAU